GUCUGUAACUUAGCAACGUGAAGGUUGGCAAAGAGCAGAAAUGUUUUUGACAACGGAUAUCUUUCUACAGCAAGCAUGAACAAUAACUAAAUAAACUUAUCAUAAAGGUGUUUUUAAAAUGGCAGAUUUGGUUGACCAAAUAACAAGGUUGAGAUUGAAAAUGCUGGAAAAGAGACUGGAGAAUGAGAGAAAUGACAACAUUGAACGAGAGGGUUCAGCCCUUUCCUCAAGAAGUUAUGAUGGUCAGGCAGACGCAUUACACAGCGCUCUGAGGCGGAAGAGAAACCUCCUACAGAGGCUGAGGGAACAGCAUAUGAUGGAGGAUCUGGGAAGGCCACACACAUGGGGUGGAUCUCAUAGGCAAUAUCAUUAUGAACCUCUUCUUGGGCCGCUCCAGCCUGUGCCCCCCAUCAAUGUCCACCAAACUGCACCACCUGCUCCCCUCCCUCCUCUAGUCCCUCAGCCCCCUCGAAUCAUUCAACACACUGUUCCUCAACAGCCAGCAACCAUUAUCCAGCAGAUACCACAGCAACAGCCUCUCAUAGCACAAAUCCCUCCACCGCAAACCUUUCCUUAUAGAUCAGGAAGUAUUAAAGAAGAUAUGGUGGAGUUGAUGCUCAUGCAGAAUGCUCAGAUGCACCAGAUCAUCAUGCACAAUAUGAUGCUGAAGGCUCUUCCACCAUCGGCCGUGUCCCCAGGAGGAAACACACAUCACACAGCCUCACUUUCAUGGCAGGAACUUCAUUCACCAGUGAGAGGAGGGGGUGCUGUCCAUCAUCAUCAUCACUACGGCUCCCAGGGACCACCUCUCCCUCCAAUUGGCUACUCUGUUUGGCCCUCUAUGAUGACAGCAGGACAAGGCGGGACUUAUCAGCCAACAAUGCAGCAUGUGAUUGGUCCUGUAACUCUGCCUCCUUUAAACACUUAAGAAUCAACAAUGUAACAAUAUUAAUAAAUAAUAAUAAAAUAAUUUUACAAUUU